UUUUUUUCAAUUUUACGGAUAUCGUUAUCUGCUUCUCACACUAACACGGCGAAGCAGAAAAAGAGCUCGAAACAAAAAUGGAGGGAACCUUCUCGCCGCUUUGCUUACGUUCUUCUUCGAACCUCUGUUACUUCUCCAGUAAUGUUUCACCAGAUUCUCACCGUUCUAUAGGAUUUACAUUGGUUGAUUCGCUCCGGCCAACGAACUUGGUUUCCCUGCGAACGGGAAAUAAACGUUCGUCAUCGUCUUCACUACGGCUAUUUCUCUCUCCGACUAGAAGCGCUCUCCGUACGCCGACUAUUUCCGCGGAGGAGGUGAAAGAUGUCCCGAUGCCGAAGAUUGAUAAGAGCGGCCGAUUAAGCAGUCCUCGAGCCGCACGCGAGCUCGCUCUUGUAAUACUUUAUGCCGCAUGCUUAGAAGGCUCUGACCCAAUUCGUCUCUUUGAGAAGAGAAUAAACGCAAGAAGAGAGCCUGGAUACGAGUUUGACAAGAGUUCUUUGUUGGAAUACAACCACAUGAGCUUUGGAGGACCCCCAGUUAAAACAGAAACAAAAGAAGAAGAAGAUGAGCUUGUGCGCCAUGAUGAAAAAGAAUCGAAAAUCGGUAGGUCUCUUAUUCUUAAAAUAAGUUUUCUCUUCUGCUUUACUCAUAUAUGGCAAAGAGACUCUUGUUUGGAUGGGCUCAUGGGAAUUUCCCAUCUUGUAACAUGUGAACUGUUGUUUAUUCUCCUUUUCCUGCAGAAGCCGAAGUGCUUUCAGCUCCCCCAAAGCUGGUGUACAGCAAACUUGUUUUACGGUUUGCAAAGAAACUCUUGGCUGCGGUAGUUGAUAAAUGGGAUAGUCAUGUCGUUAUCAUCGAGAAAAUUUCCCCGCCAGAUUGGAAGAGUGCACCAGCUGGAAGAAUAUUGGAGUUUUCGAUUCUUCACUUGGCAAUGUCUGAAGUGGCAGUCCUUGAAACCCGACACCCGAUUGUCAUUAACGAGGUAUCUGUCUUCUUUAAAUGUAGAUCCAUCUUCGGUCAGCUUUGCAAUAUGAUGACCUUGAUUGUGUAGUGAACUAACUAACAACUAUGAUGUGAUAAAAGGCUGUUGAUCUUGCAAAACGGUUCUGCGAUGGAUCAGCACCACGCAUAAUCAACGGAUGCCUAAGGACAUUUGUCAAGGAUAGAGCAACAACAUCAACACCUCAAGCUUUAGAAUUGAAGCAAGAAGUGUCGGUUUAAAUUAGAACAAAACCCGCAUCUUCGUUAGGAGGCAGGCAACCUCAAGAUGUUGGUCGUCGGAAGUCGCUAGUAGGCAAAGUGUUGAUCCGAUGAUCUUAUAUAUUCGACAAAGUCGCUCUCUGUCUUGACAGACCGCUUCUGGUCCGAAGCUUUUGAUACCUGAGACUGAAUCUAUCCAUUGCAGGUCAACAUGAUUAUUGCUAAGAACACAGCAUACUCAUGUCUGUAUUAAUAUAUUGCCCAUAAGAUAGUAUUAAUUUAUGUAGUAGUUUUCAUGUUUCUGUCUUUGUAUCCUCCUCCUUCACUUGUGUCCCAUAUUUGAGAACAAACAAAGCUGUAUAAUCAGGUUUUUCGUAUAGAUGUUUUUUUCCGCUU